AUGUCCAUUCCGAAGGAAAACAUCAUUAUCAUAGGAGGAGGAAUUAUAGGAUGCACCACAGCGUACUACAUCACCCAUCAUCCUCGCUUUGAUCCGUCUUGCCAUACGGUCACUCUCCUCGAAGCUUCGAAGUUAGCAAAUGGAGCGUCCGGAAAAGCAGGCGGGCUCGUCGCGGCGUGGGCACAUCCGAGUAAUCUUGCUGGUCUAAGUUUUGACCUUCAUGGCCAACUUGCCCAAGAUCAUGACGGUGCUCAUCUCUGGAGCUAUCGCCGUGUUCGAUGCGGGCAGCUUACGGCCAUUUCGACCCAAUCCAGCAUUGUCAGUGCGGAUGCGAACACUUCACCGGCUAUCGAGCUCGGGAAGUGGUGGGCACGGGAUAAGAAGCAAUCUUCCCUCCUGCCGGAUGACUUGGACUGGUUCAACCAGCAGAGCGCUCCUGUGUAUGAAGAAUUCGCAGAUACAACCACUGCGGCACAGGUCCAGCCGUAUCAAUUUACAAACUCCAUGGCGCGGUUGGCUGGGCAGCGCGGGUUGAGAACCGUCCUGGGUACCGUGGAACACAUCAAUUGCUGCGAUGCUGACGUAUCGCGUGAUAGUAGAGUGGAAGAGCCUCUGACCUCGUUCGAAGAUUUCAUAGGAAAGAAAGUGUGCUCCGUGACUUAUGUGGACAAAUCAACAAUGGAACGACAUACUCUGCCAGCCACUCAUGUGGUACUUGCUGCAGGACCAUGGACUACUUCCUUAUUCCCGAAAAUCAAGAUCGUACCUCUCCGAGCCCACAGUGUGACAAUCAAGCUCCCUCGACCAGCGUCUCCUUACUGUCUAUUUUCUGAUAUCCGGCAAUGCCAAUCUCCAGCACCCGGCGAGACAGCGAAACCCAUGCCGCUGGAAAUUUACGGGCGUUCCAACAAUGAGGUGUACAUUUGCAGCCCUGGUGAUCUAGAGACGUCUUUGCCGCCACCUAGUCAGCACGUUUCCAUCUCUUCAAAGUUCUGCCAAGAUAUGAUCAAUGCUGUUACAAGUGUGUCCGAUGAGCUUCGAGACGGCCAGGUAACAGGACGCCGAGCGUGCUACUUACCUACACUUGGCGCUGGGAAAACCAGUAACCCCUUGGUAGGGCAGACGGAGUUGGCAGGACUUGUCGUUGCUACAGGCCAUUCAUGUUGGGGCAUCUCCAAUGCUCCCGUGACAGGAAAAGCGAUUACUAACAUUCGCGUUGCUAUCCUGCUCCCCUCAGGCCAUCCAUAUUCCGAAGUUGCCACGGUCGUACUGUCUUUGUUUUGGAUUGCCUUUGUCCACAUUUGGUGCAGGUCCUGGCCUAUCAGCGACUGCAUGACAGUCACUGUCGGUACCGUGAAUCUGGGCGCCGUAGAAACAUUCCCAAAAUGGAUCUGUGAUCGAGAUCGAGGCGGGUCAGAAUGGUACCAACACCACGUGAAAAAUCUCGAAACCUCCCGAGGUCGUAGUAGAUCUGUGAGUAUUUUGCGCGUUGAUCCCUUCCCGAUUCGCCGCAACAACACCACGAUGUCUGGUCAUGACCCUCACCGGGUUACCAAGCCGAGACAGAGAACAUUGACCUGUGACACGUGCCGGAGUCGUCAUCAGAAGUGUGGUGGCGAACAACCGCGUUGUUCGAAUUGCAAGCUGCGCAGCAUCGCUUGCUCGUACCGUAGAGCACAGCUCCCACUGCCCCUCUCACUACCUCCAACCCCACGACAGCCACAAGAACAACCUUCAUAUCCUCAAGCACAAUUGCUAUCUCAAUUACAAUCACAACCUCUACCAGCUUCUGAUAACCAACGAUCCCCGAUUUCCGAGUCUACUAGGACGAGUCAGAACUCCAUUUCAGAUGCGGAUUAUGAUCGCCUCUAUUCUAAGAUAUAUGGCGAUAUUAUUCGACGUUUGGAUCUGGACUCAGAUCGGGGUCCGCAUUCUCCUGGAACCAUAAUACCAAGUGCGCCCUUAAGUAACCCCAGUCUACCAGAUUUUCAUCGUGAAGUAACCUCCAUCGUGGGCGACCUUGUCUCGGCUGAUACGCAACCGUUGGUAGAGUUGUCUCUGGGUCGAAGUCCAGAUCACGUCCGGGUGAUAUUGAAGGACUCACUUCCAUCGCAGGAUAUGGCCCGCCAUUGUCUAGAUUUGUUCUUGGAUUAUCAGAACUCAAUCUUCUAUAUCUGCGACAGAGAAGAAGUGUAUUCACAGUUGGCACAAAUGUACGAGAGCCCGAAACAGGUCUCAAUCGCUUGGUUUUGUCAGAUGUUUUUUAUUUUUGCUAUUGGCGCUCAGUUUGACGAUAUGUACGAGAUGGAUAGUGAGACGUACCACGACAUUGGUCAGAGGUAUAUGGACGAUGCAAUCGACGAAAACCCACAGAGCACAAUAUGGGUAAUACGGGCAAUGCUUCUCCUCUGCAUCUAUCAGCCACCAACGAAAUGGAAUUCCGUGUGGAUGCAUCUCGAUGCAGCUAUUCGGGGAGCCCAGAAAUUUCAAUUGGAUACCGGAAAAAAUCUUUUAAAAGAGUUGCCGGACAAUAUAUAUCAUAACUGGCGACGCUUAUGGUUUAGCAUCGUUACGUUUGACCGCUUGGUUGCAAUUUUUCUUGGACGACUUCCGCGCAUUAGGGAAAGUAUUUCCAGGGAUCCAAUCUUGAAGGAUCCUGAUUCCCGGUCAGGUUUGGAAAAUAUCCCUCAGAACAAAUUCACCACGCUUUCAAUCAUAUCCGGGAACAUAUUACGUGACAUGUAUUUCUCUGGCCAACCCAGUCUUAACAUAUGCCAUCAAUACAAAGGAGAGCUCCAGAAUUGGUUAUCAAGCUUGCUAGCUCCCUUACAGCAAUACAUUGAGUCAGGCGACAUCACUGACUCCCCAAAGGACCAGGCUGAAGUUAUUUUCAAUUUGCAUUUUAUGUAUUUUGGCACAUGCAUUCUGGGCACAAGGCCUUUCCUAUUACGGGUGCUGAAAUUGAAAGUUUCCAGCAGCUUUGCUAGUCCCAUCGCAUCAGCAAUAGCUGCCGAGGCAACUCUAUGUAUUGGCUAUGCAUCUCGUCUAAUCAAUAGUGCUACAUCCCUUUUGGCUACACCUAUGGCACCCAAAAAGUCAUUCAUACCAGUAUUUUUCUUAGUAAACGCAGCUCAUAUUAUGAUUCUUGCCGCUGUCUGGAAGUUGAAACAAAAUGAGCAAACGCCGUCACUGGACAUUUUCGAUCAAUCCCUCGAAUUGGUCUCGAUUGAUUCUGCGCUCCGAACACUCGAAUUGUGUGGUCAUCGAAGUCCCUUUGCUCGGAAAUACUGGCUCCUGAUUAAAUCUCUGAAGCAACGAUUGCUCUUAAGUCUAUCGGCAAAAGAAUCAGAUAGCCCCGCACCUCCUCUUUCCUCCAUGUCAUCCUUAGGCGCACUGCCUGACGGAAACGCAGUCAAUGAGCCCACGUGGCUACAGAACUUUGAUACUUCGUUUGGCCAAAAUCAAAGCCCUGUGCUGAACAUGUCAGCAGAUUCUUCCAAUCCACAAGUGUCUUAUUUCUCCAAUCAUGCAUUACCCGAUCACUCAGAAAGUUGGCCACCUACUCAAUUUGAAUCGCUGAAUUUAGGUGAUGUUCAGUCCUAUGAUCCCACAUUUCCCGUGCUACCUCAGUCCGAUGACCACAACUUCUGGGGUGAGAUGAGAGAAUAG